GUUAGUUCAUGUAGCUUGACACUUCUGUAGAAGCGAUGCAGGGGACUUGAGGCCGCCAGGGAUUUUCAAGGAAUACGGCUAGCCAGAAAUAAUGGUGGAUAAUAAUAGGCUAAAACAGAUGUUGAAGAAACCGAAUGCAAGCUCUGCGGACCGGGCCGUGUAUGUUUGGAGUCAGCCAGCUCAAACAUCAGCUUCCUCAGCCCUUAGUUACAGGACAUCGAUAGCCGACUGCCCGGCUUGCUAGCCCGCGGUCCCUUCCAAAAAUCUCCGCGCUCCAGAAUCACGGAUCUCAUUUGCGUUUAAAAAAAAAACACAAAAAAACAGCAUUACGAAACCUAGCCGGCAAUCAGACGGACCUGACCUGAGCGUACGCCAACCUCGUGCUUACAUUUCAAGUGAAGGUAUGACCUGCUAGUCCUCUAUCGCAAAAUCUGACCGCUAGGAUCAAGCUAGCAUCAUCUGGAGUUGGAUGGACGCGCGGCUCGCACUCGAAACACCCACAGCAUCCCAGCCCGGGACGCGUUCAAGCCCGCGCUGCUGCACCGGAAUGCUAGCUGCUCACUGAGGGAAGUGGCUCCUAACAUGAAGAGGAGGAACACUGUCUCUCGACCGCUCAAGGCUUUUGGGUGCUGCACGGACAUUUUUUAGAUGCCAGAUGUGAUGUCCUGCCCGAGCUUGCACCAUGUACGUGGCUGGCCGUGUCUGUCUCCAGCCUCGCGGAUGACACUCACACAGGUACCGGCCGUUGAGAGCAAACAGCGGCGGCGCGGAUACACCGUCGCCGGGUAGUGCUGAGAGACCUGACGUGAGCCUGCUAGCGCCAAAGCUAGGAGGCUAACAGCACAAAAUAUUAGAAGAAGAAGAAGAAGAAGAAGAAAAAAAAGAAAACCCUUAACAAAUGCCAACACAAAUGGUAUCCCAUAAGGUUUUAGUCGCAAUAAUCUUACUAAAUGUGUAUAUAGGUGUACAGUCUGUUUUUUACUUAUUCGGCGGCGUCCUUUUAACGGUCCUGUUUGCUAUGGCAUUUUUAAAUGGACCCAGGCUGCUGGACUGGGCGAAUUCACCUCCACAUCUUCAGUUUAACAAAUACGUCCUGACGGGAUACCGGCCAAUCUCCUCCGUGCAAGACUGCAUCAGGAGCCUGUUCUACCUGCACAAUGAACUUGGGAACAUAUACACUCACGGCAUCCCUUUGGUUUGCUUCCUGGUGCUGCUGCCUCUCAACAUUCCCUGGUCUCAGAUCAGCGUCACGUGGUUGGGCGUGGUGCACUUCCUGGCCUGCCUAUCGCCCCAGCUGGGCUCUGUGCUCUAUCACCUCUUCAUGAACCACGAGGGAGGGGAGCCGGUCUACCACACGCUCCUCAAACUCGACGUGUGUGGAAUCUGCAUGAUCAACACGCUGGGGGCGCUGCCCAUCGUCUACAGCACUCUGCUGUGCUACCCGUUCAUCCGCACUGUGGCCCUGUUAGUCUACAUCCUUCUGUCCAGCCACGCCAUCUACUGCGCCGUCACGGCUAGGAGCAGCGUUCGCCGGCUGCGCUCCUUCGCCUGGCAGGCGCUGUUCCGCUUCUCUUUCUUCCUGCUGCGCUGGGUGGGGGUGGGCGGCGGCAGCCCCACCUCGCUACGCCAUUUCCUCAUGAUGGACGCGUUGGCUGUGCUGGGCGGGGUCAUCAACAUCACGCGCAUCCCGGAGCGCUUUCGCCCGGGCCUCUUUGACUACUGGUGUAACAGCCACCAGAUCAUGCAUGUACUGGUGGUGGGCUCCAUCCUUUACCUGCACUGGGGUGUGCUGGACGACCUGCUGUGGAUCAACAGCUACAACUGCCCCUCAGACUGACCCCACCCCCUGCGACCCCCAGCCCUUCACAAGGAACACUGGGAUGUAAGGUUAAAGAACCUCUGGGGGGAGGGGGGUGUCUGGAGAGGGAAGGGGGAGGAAGGGAAAUCAGGAGGGACUUAUGCUGUGAGGUGCGACGAUAUGUUGACCGUGCACGCAAACUCAGAAUGUUCAUAUCUUCGUCCAUCUUGGUACUUUGUGCGAACGCGGGCAAAAGUAUGUCGAGUCACACGCACAAGCAUUUUCUGUCACUCACUUGCCGCAAACAUGGACACACAGGUGACACACACGCAGCAGAAUGGGAAUAUUUUAAACAGUACAUUUAAUGACUGACUAUUGAACACUGUAAAGUCUUAUGUAAAGGCUCUUGUUAAAGGUCACUGCUGAGUUUAAAGCCUUUACUUAAUAAUAGAAGUUUAACUUGAGCAUUAGCUUGAUAUGGUUAGUUAAGAAAGUCUGUGGCUAAAUGAUAUCACGUGCUCGAGUUCUCUCAGAUGUCACUGUUGCUACCUAUGCAGCACAUCCAUAUCUCAGCUCAUGCACAUCACAUAUACCACACACACUCAGACACCCUCACACCUAUAUUUUUAUACCACAUGUACAUACCGUGAGUGCUGCUUGAGGCACUCAUAGAGUUUUCACUACGUCCACCUGACUGAGUUUUACCGGACUGGCUGUUCUGUCCAUGUUUUCCUGUUUUCUGCCUCUUUUAUUGUGUGUGUGUCUGAUUUGUUCCCCUGGUCACAAGAGCAUAAGGAAAUGAAGGUGGGUGAGGGGGUUCAUUCCUGAGUGUGCAAGCAUGUUGGCAAUGAGUUUACUUGGUUGUUAGAAUCAAUCGUGCAGUGUUAUUGGCUUUGUUUGCACCUGAGCUCAGUGCCAAUAGAAUUCAGAUGUUUUUAAUCAGAAAAGAAAGUGCACUGGUUUACAGUUUGUGUUGUUCAGUGGCCAAACCGUUGGCCAAACUUUUGCUUAUUGGAGCCUGCUCCAGGUUAUUUACCCACAUAUAUUUAUGACAACCUCCCGUUGUCAGGAUGAUUGUAACAAGAUGAGCUUUUAAAUUGUACUGAGAAGUUUUACACUGAAAUGCCAACAUAUGUGCAUUGGAUCUUGAUGUACAUGUAGCAUACAAGAUACACUGAAAGUUACAUUUCCUCUUAAUUUCAACUUGAUUGCAAGUGUAAGUCACUCUCUAAACAAUUAUAUGGCAGUCUCUUUAGAGAAACUUGAGAUGAAACCGACCUGCGUUUUAGCACAAUAUGCACGAAAUACUGUCAUGAAGUAUAUUAUAUUUAUUAUGUUUUUUAUUCAUUUGUAUUUAUUUGCUGGCAACGGUAAAAAUGUGUUUGUCAACUGCCCUGGCUGGCUGACAGAUCAAGUUAGAGGUCAGAGAAAAUCUUUUGUUUCAGUCAAACUGUUCAAAUCCGGAGGAUUAGCUCCUCAUUUUUCUCUGCACACACUCUUUUUUUUCCUAGCGAUUAUUUGAUUCCUCAGUCACACAGUAAUAUUGUUGAAUGAGAUCAGUUGCUACGCAUUGCAAUACACUUGAGCUGCAACUACGAGAUACUGCUGCUCAUGUUUACAGGGAAUCGCUUAAAUGUUGAGAGGUUAGUUUGUAAAAUGUCAAAAAUUUGCUCAUCACAAUUUUCCAGAGCCCAAAGUGACUCCUUCAAAUUGUUCUCUUGUCUAACCAGCAGGCCAAAAUCAGUGUAAUAUAAAAUGUUUAACUGUUUUGAUUGAAAAAUGACUGAAACAGUUAAUCGAUUAUCAAAAUAAUUGGCCAUUGUUUUUCUCUCGAUAGACUCAUCGAUGAUGUUCACAAUAAUGAGUAGAAAGGAAAAUGUGUUAUAUGAGUUUUAAAACAUGUUGAUGUUAUUAUUGUCAUUUCUCUGACUUGAAUUGUUCUCAUAUGUUCAGAUGUUUACUUGUACACUGACCUCAGACUUUGAUGCUUUAAAAGGGUCAGUCAUUAUUGCCACUUUAUGCUUUCUAAUUUAGAUGCACUAUGUUUGCUCUGCAGUUGUGUUUGUGUUCUUUGACGGUUACAGGUUGCACUUUUUUAACCAGGUUAAUACAGGUUAGAUGGUUGCAUUUUUUUAAGCUAUUCUUGCCAAACUGGAAUGAACCUCUUCGCCCUCCUGGCACGUUUUAGUUACGUCAAAUUUUGUGUGAAUGGUCAUGAUUGUUUUGCCCUUUUUUUUUUUUUCCUGCGUGGUAUUUCAGUCACUACUCUUUAAGUUACUGUUCCUUUAAGCUCAAGACUAGCGGCUGAUGUGCGACUCCUUUUCCAGAGGCAGACUUUACUUUUCUUAACGACAUUGCACUUGUUUCCGAUGCCAACAGUCGCAGCCGCCCACUGACUAGUUGCCAAUCCCUUCAGCCUCACUUCAUCUUGCCAAAUUAGCAGUGUCUGAGGUGUAGCACAUCCUCUGCUUCCUGUGCUAACACUGACUCAGAGGUGAAGGAGGAUUUCCCACAGUCUUUAUCAUGUAUAAUAGCCUCAGACUGCACCCCCAACCAACCCUGCCACCCGCCCCCCUCUCGCCUUGAUGAAAAGUCAGAUGCUGUACGUCUGCUAGUCUCACUCUAACACAGUGAUUUUUAACUGCUAUGACCGUGGUACAAUGUAAAAGCUGAAACUAAUGUAUUUUUUGGCCACUGAAUGAAAACUGGAAAAAAAAAAAAAAAAAAAAAUGCAUGAAAGUAGCUGAAGUCUCAUAGUGUUAGCUAAUCGUUCACCGUAGCCAUCCACAGGCCAUGUCACUCAGAUGGAAGAUGACUGCACAGGUAGUGGAUCGUACGGGGGUUCAUCGCUACAGGAAGAUGAUCAGAGGCAAUACAUCACCUUCAAAUAAACUGCACUGUUCAUCGUUCUCAAAAAGGGCUUUGGAUUAAAGUAAAUUACAAUUCUGAAUCACAUUUAAAGUCCAUAUAAAUAAUGUAAAUACAUGUAUGUAGAUUAUAUAUACAUACAGUGCAAACGAUAUACCCUGACUCAUUUUUGAUACACGAUAUGUUAAAUACGGAAAAAUGUAGGGACAGGAUUUUAACGGGAACUUAUUGGUGUGCUGAUUGCUCUCUUUCACAGCCAAAGCGAGUUAUGAGAAAAGGGAAGCAGACACGGCUCAGCGCGGUGCUCCAGAUUAAUAUCAAAGAUGUGUGUUUGCUUUAGCUAUGUCCAUAUGUAUGUGAACAACACAGAGAAAAGAAAAAAAAACAAUGCUGAAAUUGGUUUCAGUGCUAAUGUAGACUUGUUUGACCCUUUUGUGACCCCUAACUAAGAAUGCUUUUGAUCAUUUAAAUGUAACCACUUUUUUAAGGCGCGCGGGAAAGACAUUCGUGACCACCGUGGGGGAAUCUUGGCGGGCAUGUGAAUACCUCGUGACUACCACUGGUCUAUCUAUGCAUUAUCAGCCGAAGGAUACGUAACAGUGAAGUCGAUUUGUGUUGUGGUUUAAAAAACAGCUCUCCGAUACGCUUUGCGACGGAGGGCUUCGCUCUAACAUCCUGGGUCUCCCACUUCUCAGGGUGCCAUAACAGUAGCUGUAACAUCCGAGACCUGACCUCUGCUGUCUGACACAUGGCUGCGAGACUAUGAUCUACCUCCACCUGUCCUCUCUGUCCGGUCUGUCCGUGCUGUGACCUGGGCAACAGAUUGGACAGAAGGGAGAAAGAAGGUGGAAAGGAAGUCUUUCUCUGAAAACCAUGUUGCAGGAGUGGAACCUGGCCAGAAAAUGUGUCCGUUUGUCUGUAUGUUAAAUGAAAAAAAAAAGAAAAAAAAGGAAAAAGAAAUGACAUGAUGUUUGAGUACAUCGCUAACAAAACAAAAUUCGAGUUUUUUUUUAAUAUAACACAGGUGCCGGAUAGCCUGUUAAUGACCUGUUUAUAAUGGAUUACCUGUAUUGUUAUAUACUGAUUAUUAUGAUUACUGUUCUUCUGUGGAUCCUAAUAAUGACACUGGUCUAUGUGUACAGAUAGAGACAAGCCCUUUCCUUUAGGAUGAAGGGAGCUUUCUGGAGGGUCUGUCUGUUAUUCAUAUCUGCAAUGUCACGGCAUUUUUCAAACGACAAAGUGUGGCUCCAUCUAGUGGAAGUUCAUGUGCACUGAUGCAGACAUUACUGUAGCCAUACUGCAGGCAAAUGAAAAUAAUUGACAGCUUGUUACGCUGUCAGCGCUGGCUUGCAGUUAUUCUCCAGGGUUUAUUUAUUUAGAUUCCUGGAUCAUGUACGUAUGCCAUGUGUGUAUGAGCUCUCCUGUAGAACCCAUACAAGCAUGAGAUCCUCGUCAAAUUUGCUUUCUCCCUAAGCACUGACGGGGUGGCUGAUUGCAUCCCCAGAGUGCCUCGUUAUCUGGUCCAUGUGCUUGCAAAGUCAUGUGCACGAACCCAGAGACACAGUUUGUUCCCGUGCUGUAGUUCACGCGUCUGUCCAACAUUAACGUCCUGUGUAACAGACAGGCUCUCACACUCCUCAGUCUCCAGCAACGAUUGUGCAAUAAACUGAAGUCUAUAUUUUUAAAA